UUUGAGUUCAGUAUUACUAACCCAUCAUUUAAUCAAAUUUGUUAUCCUUAAAUAUAAACUAAUAAAUUUAAUAGAUUAAAAUUAUAUAUCUCUUAUGAUGUUUUAUAUAUAAUCUCAUUCUAAUAAAAUGACGGGAGGAUUACGAAAAUUGUCUAACUUAAAUGUUUUUAAAAGGAUAUGUUUUUUCUUCUUCUGUUUGGUCGAAAAAGGAUAUGUUUUGUUGAUAUAAAAUUACAGAUAGGUAUGCUUUUCCUAAAAUUAUAAAUCUAAAUUCUUUGUUCAAAAAAAAUAAAAUAAAUAAAUAAAUCUAAAUUCUAAACACGCACACAACACAUACAUUACAGAUAGAUAUGUUUCGUACGCACAAGCUCGCAAAAAUUAAAGGCAGAAGAAUCCUGCUUCGUUCGGCAGUCACUGUUACUCAAUUUGACAGACUCAAAACUAACUUCACAAAACACGCACACAACACGAACAUUACACAUAGAUAGAUAGAUCCGAGAGAGACGUUUUGGAAGAGAAAUAGUGUAACAAUUAGAAACUCUUACGCAAUAGAAAGGAAACAUGUUUGUGAGUUAUUAGGGGGUUGGACUCUAACCACCGUUACUCUAUUUCUCUCUUAUUACGGACCCUCAAACAUUGACAUUUCUCCAUCCAUGUAACCUCUCAAGAGACAAUACCCCUUUCACCAUCCCUACUCUCUAUCUUGUGAACCAUAAACGUCCCACGUACAUCAAAUGCUCUAAGUAUUAUCAGAAUUAUGCAGCACCAUUGCAUGGUUCUAUAUUAGCCGUCCAUGUGUUGACAAGUCAAGAAGUCACUUAAGCUAGUAGAGCCUUGAGCUGCUUAGAUCCAACACAUCUCUAGGAAAACUCAAGCGAUCUGAUUCUGGAUACAAGCAUUUCUGCACAUCAUACUGAAACUAUAUUAUAGAAUAUCCAAUGCAUGAAUCAUUGACCAGGAUCACCCUUUCUCCAAGAAGAUUUAGACCCAUUCCUGAACCCUAUCCUUCAUAUCUCCUCUAUAUUUCUGCACUUAUUGUCUUGUGGGGUCUCCCAUGAACUUCAAGAACUCUGACACCAUUUUUGUAAUACUUUUAAAAUUUGAAGAUGAACCAUUUAUGAUCAAAAAUAACAGAACCGCAUGAUUGAAUAAAGUACUGUACCAUUUAAAAGUCGACUGACAUGUUCAAACAUUUAAUGAGGAGCUUUGAUAUACUUCUACUUCGGCAUGUAUAUAUGUAUAUAUAAACCCGUUCUCCACCUUGUACUCUCAUCCCAAUACACAUUUUCUCAUCACAACAUUACAUCCAUCAAAUCUAUAUCUUGUUCAUCAAUCAUCUCCUCCUACUAAAAUGAAGACCAAGUUCAUCAAGUCCUGCGAAAAGAAACUAAAGAAGAUGACAGUCUCAACACCUUGUAAGUUUUGCGAAAGAAUUUGCUUGGCGUUCAAGAGGGAAGCUGAGGUGAUACCAAAAGAUGUCCCUAAGGGACACUUGGUUGUCUAUGUAGGUGAGGAGUCCGUGAGGUUUGUGAUUAAGAUCAGCUUACUUGCACACCCACUCUUCAAGGCACUGCUGGAUCAAGCACAGGAUGCUUAUGGUUUCAGUGCAGACGCCAGACUAUGGAUUCCAUGCGAUGUGAGCACCUUCCUCGAUGUUGUCCGUUGUGCUGGUUCUCCACAGUAUCAGAACAGUUGUAUGUGUAUCUAGGAAGGUUCUUCAAGGAACUCAAGGCAUUCUUUUAUUUAUCCAGAGGGGGCCAUGUUUCCAAAGAGUGUUGGUUAAUGCUAAGCUAUUGCAGUACACUAAUAAUGCAAAACUUUUUGAAUUGAUAUGUUAUCAGCUAGGCAAGCUGUAAACACGAUUAAAAUUAUGUAUCAUUACUUCUCCAGCUCCAUAAAUAUACAUGAAGCCAUUAACGCAAGAAUAGAAGGCAUUAAUCCAUGAAAAUUACUAGAGAAACAUACAAACCAAGUAACUGAAACCAUAUAUACAGCUCUUUAACAAAUGUUAUCUGUGGUGAGGGCAGAGAAAGAGAGAACAUAAUAGUUUGCUUCUCACACAUCUCAAGACCAAAAUUAGAUAUUAUGACCAAGAGUUUAGUCUUUCAUACGAAGCUAGACUAAUGAAUAGAACAAGGAGACUCUAGCAUUGGCCAUGAAAUCCAAAUCAUAGCAACCAAUGUUCCACAUUGCACCAAUCCAAAGAAUGCAUUAACAUGUUAGUAUUGACAAAAAGAAGAUCAAAAUGGCUACUAGAUGAUAGGUACACUUAAACCCAAGCGUUACAUCCAAAGGGUUAGGAUCUAUUAACCAUUCCCAAAAUGACCACCUUCAUGGUUUUGAUAGAAGCAAGAUAUACACAACGGACAUUCUUGUUCAAAUGAGUAGUUGUAUCGUACUUCCUUCACAAGUAAUCCUAUGUGCUUGCAUACAUCAAAUGGGUGGCAUUCAUAUCAAUCAACUGUGACUCUAAAACCAAAGGAACCUAGUCAUUGUCAUCUCAACCCAUUGAUCAAAUUCUACAUUUCUCUUCUCCCAAACCUUCUACCUGCGCAUCUUUACACCUAGCUGCUAAGUAAAACACUAACCAAGCCGCCAUGAAGUAAACUUCCAAAGCAGACUGGAUCACAGUAGCAAAACUUCUCCCCCCACAACUCGAAUCAGAACCCAUCUGAACAAAGAAUCGCCUCUAGACACUUAUUAAGCUGCACAGCCUGAUGCAACAGAAGAGACACCACGUACCAAACCUUCCUUCACAAUCUCCCUCGAAUACUCCACGGUGGCAUAACAGCGAAAGGCAUCAGCUUUAACCUCACAAAGGGCC